UAGACGUCUCAUGUAAAUAGACAGCUAGCUAGUCUUUCAAACCCCAGACUUUUUUCUGUCAUCAACCGGGACUGCUAGCUAGGGUGCACAGAAAACAAACAAAAAACACGAUCUGAGGGAGACCUCCGUCAUCUCACAGUACCCAGCUAGCUAAUUACGUUAAUUGAAGAAGAGUUAUCUGCCAGCAACAAUCAAUAGCAACACACCGACACUCCUGCUAACGUCAGAUAGCCACAGAUAGUUAGCUGGGAGACUUUCAAGCGUGCUAACGUUAGACUUGAAGAGGCAAGAUGCUGCUGCAGGUUGGAGGCAUGCGUUCGGCCCUGGGGCUGCUGGCUGUCAGGAGGGCAUGCUGCCUGUCCCGCUCCAACCACACCUCCCCUCAUACUCUGGAGUACAAGCCCAUCAAAAAGGUUAUGGUGGCGAACAGAGGUGAGAUUGCUAUCCGUGUGUUUCGGGCCUGCACUGAGCUGGGGAUCCGGACGGUGGCUGUCUACUCUGAACAGGACACAGGCCAGAUGCACAGGCAGAAGGCAGAUGAGGCUUACCUCAUAGGGAAGGGCUUGCCGCCCGUGGCUGCGUACCUGGACAUCCCUGACAUCAUCAAAGUGGCUAAGGAGAAUGAUGUGGAUGCCAUCCACCCUGGGUACGGCUUCCUGUCUGAGCGAUCAGACUUUGCCCAGGCGUGUGCCGAUGCUGGGGUACGCUUCAUUGGCCCAUCCCCUGAAGUGGUGCGCAAGAUGGGAGACAAAGUGGAAGCUCGAGCCAUCGCUAUCCGUGCAGGAGUCCCAGUGGUACCAGGGACAGACGGUCCCGUCACUUGCCUAUCGGAGGCCCAGGAGUUUUCCAACACCCAUGGCUUUCCCAUCAUCUUUAAGGCUGCCUAUGGCGGUGGGGGCAGGGGAAUGAGGGUGGUCAAAGAGUACGAGGAGCUGGAGGAGAACUAUCAGCGUGCGUACUCUGAGGCCCUGGCUGCGUUUGGGAACGGUGCUCUGUUUGUGGAGAAGUUCGUUGAGAGACCCAGACACAUUGAAGUACAGAUCCUGGGUGACAAGUAUGGUAAUGUUAUCCACCUGUAUGAGAGGGACUGCUCUAUCCAGAGGAGGCACCAGAAGGUGGUAGAGAUGGCCCCGGCUGUACAACUGGACCCACACCUCCGGGACAGGCUCACCGCUGACUCUGUCAAACUGGCCAGACAGGUGGGCUAUGAGAAUGCUGGCACAGUGGAGUUCCUGGUGGAUAAACAUGGAAGGCACUACUUCAUCGAGGUCAACUCCCGCCUGCAGGUGGAGCACACCGUUACCGAGCAGAUCACGGAUGUGGACCUGGUUCAUGCUCAGCUGCACGUGUGUGAGGGUCGUAGCCUGCCAGAGCUGGGCCUGAAGCAGGAUAAGAUCCGGAUAAAUGGCUUCGCCAUCCAAUGCCGUGUGACCACAGAGGACCCUGCCCGUGGCUUCCAGCCUGACACUGGACGGCUUGAGGUGUUCCGGACUGGAGAGGGCAUGGGCAUCCGUCUGGACAGUGCCUCCGCGUUCCAGGGGGCCGUCAUCUCCCCCCACUACGACUCCCUCCUGGUCAAAGUCAUCGCCAGCGGGAAUGACCUGCCUGCCGCCGCUGCCAAGAUGAACCGGGCGCUGGCAGAGUUCCGUGUCCGCGGGGUCAAGACCAACAUCCCCUUCCUCCAGAAUGUUCUUAGUAACGAUCAGUUCCUGUAUGGUACCGUUGACACCCAGUUCAUAGAUGAGAACCAGGAGCUCUUCAACCUUAAGCCGGUCCAGAACCGAGCCCAGAAGCUGCUGCACUACCUGGGUCAUGUGAUGGUAAAUGGCCCCACCACUCCCAUCCCAGUGAAGGCCAAGCCCUCCUCUAUUGAUCCUGUGAUCCCACCCAUUCCUCUGGGUGAGCCUCCGGUUGGGUUCCGGGAAGUCCUCUUGAGGGAGGGUCCAGAGGGCUUUGCCAAGGCGGUGCGUGCCCACAAGGGUCUGCUGCUCAUGGACACCACCUUCAGAGAUGCCCACCAGUCUCUCCUAGCCACACGUGUCCGCACGCACGACCUCAAACAGGUCGCCCCCUUUGUGGCCCAUAACUUCAGCAAUCUCUUUAGCGUGGAGAACUGGGGAGGUGCCACUUUUGAUGUGGCAAUGCGUUUCCUGUGUGAGUGUCCAUGGAAACGACUGCAGGAGCUGAGAGCUCUGCUGCCCAAUGUGCCUUUCCAGAUGCUGCUGAGAGGAGCCAACGCUGUGGGCUACACCAACUACCCCGACAACGCCGUGUUCAAGUUCUGUGAGGUGGCCAAGGAGAACGGCAUGGACAUCUUCCGUGUUUUCGACUCUCUGAACUACCUGCCCAACCUGAUGCUGGGUAUGGAGGCUGCUGGCGCUGCUGGGGGCGUGGUGGAGGCCUCCAUCUCCUACACAGGAGAUGUGUCUGACCCCAUGAGGCAGAAGUACUCUCUGGACUACUACCUGAAGCUGGCUGAUGAGCUGGUCAGAGCUGGAACACACAUACUGAAUGUCAAGGACAUGGCAGGGCUGCUGAAGCCUGAGUCUAGCCGGAUGCUGAUUGGUGCUCUGAGGGACCGUUUCCCUGACAUGCCCAUUCACGUCCACACCCAUGACACGGCAGGCGCCGGCGUGGCCGCCAUGCUGGCGUGUGCCGAGGCCGGGGCCGACAUCGUAGACGUCGCUGUGGACUCCAUGGCUGGGAUGACAUCGCAGCCCAGCAUGGGAGCCAUUGUCGCCUGCACCAAGGGAACCAAAUUCAACACAGGCAUAUCUCUGGAGAAUGUCUAUGACUACAGUGAGUACUGGGAGGUUGCUCGCGGGCUCUAUGCACCAUUUGACUGUACAGCCACUAUGAAGUCUGGCAAUGCUGACGUGUAUGAGAACGAGAUCCCUGGAGGCCAGUACACCAACCUGCACUUCCAGGCUCACAGCAUGGGCCUGGGACACAAGUUCAAGGAGGUGAAAAAGUCCUACACAGAGGCCAACAAGCUGCUGGGUGACCUCAUCAAGGUGACCCCCUCCUCUAAGAUCGUGGGCGACCUGGCCCAGUUCAUGGUGCAGAACUCUCUGACGAGGGCGGAGGUGGAGGAGAGGGCUGAUGAGCUCUCCUUCCCCCUCUCUGUGGUGGAGUUCCUGCAGGGCCACAUUGGCAUCCCACAUGGAGGCUUCCCUGAACCCUUCAGGUCCAAGGUGCUGAAGAAUAUGCCACGGGUGGAGGGCCGCCCUGGUGCCUCUCUGCCCGCCAUGGACUUCGAGGCCUUAGAGAAACAGUUGCGAGAGACACACGGAGAUGACAUUACUCCUGAGGAUGUGAUGUCAGCAGCCAUGUACCCCAAGGUGUUCCAGGAAUUCAAGGAGUUCACCCAUCAGUUUGGCCCCGUGGACUGCCUCAACACACGCCUGUUCCUCGAUGGACCCAAGAUUGCUGAGGAGUUCGAGGUGGAGUUGGAGCGAGGGAAGACCCUCCACAUCAAAGCCCUGGCCCUGGGAGAUCUCAACAAGGCUGGCCAGAGGGAGGUGUUCUUUGAGCUGAAUGGAGCGCUCAGAUCUGUCCUGGUCAAGGAUACAGUGGCCAUGAAGGAGAUGCACUUCCACCCCAAGGCGCUGAAGGACGUGCGUGGCCAGGUGGGGGCGCCCAUGCCUGGGAAGGUGGUGGAGAUGAAGGUGAAGCAGGGCCAGACGGUGGAGAAGGGCCAGCCUCUGUGUGUGCUCAGCGCCAUGAAGAUGGAGACAGUGGUCAACUCUCCACUCUCCGGCACCGUGGUCAAGAUUUACGUCAAUGCCGACAGCAGCCUGGAGGGAGACGACCUAAUCCUGGAGAUCACCGAGUAGGACAGGAAAGGCCACCAGCAGGAACCAUCACACAUGCUAAAGUACAAGUCCAACUGUAGAAAAGACAGAUAUAUUUUUGAAAUUCUGGAAAAUAUAUAUAGUAUGAUUGUAAUCAAUUAACAUUUUGUUUGUUUGUUUUCUUGUUGGAGAGCUUCCUAUGAUGUUUGCACUUGUGUGAUAUAUGCGGUAAUCCACUGUCACUUUAGAAACUAAAAAGUACAAUCAUUAACCAUUAAUCGUGACUAAUCUGUAAGAUUUCGUAUUAACAUAUGAAUGUUCAUCAAUGUACGUCAUUCUCGAACGCGUUCCCGAAGAGUGAAAUUGCUGAGGCUAUGCCAAUGAAAAAAUGAUUUUAUUAAUAAGUAGAAAGCAAUUGAUAAGCAGUUGACAUUCAGGUAUUUAAUGUAAUGUAAAAUCUUGGCUUAUCAUGUUUUCAAAUCCACAGAACACUUUAGGCCAUCCCUGUACGAGCAUCACCCGCCCUGAUUUUGAUCAUUUGAUAUGUUUAAAUAUAAAAAUGAAAGUUAACGUAAAUGUAAUAAUAUAGAUGUUCAAGCAUCUACUCUCAAUGCAUGUGUUCACUCAUUGCGUUACUUUCACAAAUUUUUCCCAGCCCGUUUUAAAAUUAAACAAGCUUUUACAGUAAAAUUCCUUACAUUCAAAGGUCUUAUUGAAGCAUAAGUGACUCGGUUGACCAAAACUGUUCUUUUAGAUAUGGAACCUAAAAGACCAUUAUUAUUUUUUUUUGACCAACUGCUUUGAAUGCAAAUAUUCUUGAUAUUGAUAUUUUGGCAACUCGCUGGGACAGACUGGACUCUGGUUAUAUUUACAGAUUGUAGGGGGUAGUUUCAUGUGCUCUAUCUGGGAUAGUAGAUUACUAAGGGGUUUGUUGUUUUUUUCGUUCAUCCGUCCGCCCUCCCCCUCCCCCUCCCCCAAUUGUAAACCUGAAUAACCUAUGACAAAAUAAUUGGGGCCAAUUUUUUUUUUUUUUGUGUGUGUGGAGAGUAAAUGGUAGGCUAUAUUUGAAUGUUACUGCUGUGUAUGGCAUGACCUUAGAGUACAUGCUGGUCAAUUCCUGAGUGCUCUUGACGGAUGUUAAAUGUUUACAGAUUCUCAUUCUGUCACAACUGUCAUGGUAAUCACUUAGUGUGACCGUUUACAUCUGUGGUGAGUGUGUUGAUGAUCACGAGCAUUGGUUAUGUAAUUCAGUAUUUGCAGUGCAAAGGGAAAUGUGAAAUGUUAUUGAUUUAAGAUUUUUUUGACAAGUCAAAAAUCUGCUUAGGCAUGAGUAAAAAAAAAAAAAGUACUCACAUUUUCUUGUCUCUUAGACUUGUUUAAUAAAACCGGUGUUGUAUCAAACCAUUAA